UCCUGCGCCAGGGGGAUCAUCAUGAAGUUCCAAAACCACACUGUAGCCCUCAGCAUCCAGAACAAUGAGUACAGAUCGGUAGCAACCACGCUGGACCAGGGCCUGUGUUUCCCCCCUACGAGCAGCACGGAAUCCGCUUUGAGACCACCACACACAUGGUGACUGUCUACAUUGACGAAGUCGACACCAAAGUCUCAUUGGAUAUCUACAACAACAUCAUCAUCACCCUGGGGAAGGACUUCCUGAAACACUCAAUUGGACAGUGCGGUGAGUGUGGAGGCAGCCCUUGUGUGCGCCCUGGUGGUCAGAUAGAGGAUGACACGUGCUGUCCACAGACCGCCUAUGACUGGAUCUCCCCCGACCCCAGCAAGCCCCAGUGUGCUUCUGCACCACGAAACCAGUCCUGUUCUCCACCAACACCAUCUAUACCACCACCCACACCGUGCCCCACUCCUGUCUGUGACCUCCUCACACAGCCUGUGUUCCAGGAGUGCAAGUGGAAGGUGGACCUGAGCUGGGUGGAGCAGAGCUGCAGGUUUGACGGGUGCCACGGCAUGCCCUGCCCAUCACUGGCACUGGCUGCAUAUAUGUGCAAGCAAGAGGGCGUCUGUGUCAAAUGGCGCCACCUCACCAACGGCACCUGCAACGUGCCCUGUCCAGAUGGGAUGGAGUACAAGGAGUGUCGUUACAAACUGGAUGACCACUGCAGUGGAAGAACACUGUCGAGUAAUGGGACAGAGGGGAUCUUGAUUCAGUACAUCACUGACAAUGUCCAUUUGAUUUCAGGUCCAACAACCCCCACUAUAACCACCUACCCCACAACACCAUCAACCACCUACACCACUACACCUCCAACCACCACUGCACCUCCAACCACCUACACCACAACACCUCCAACCACCACGUGUAAGUGCAGGGACCCGCAGAGAGGACUGAUCUUGCCAUGUGGGACGACCUGGACGGAGGACUGUUUUGAUAAAACGUGUGAUAACGGGAGAAUCAUCUCGACACCGGUUACAUGUCCAUACAGUCCAGUUCUAAACUGCCCUCGUGGUCGGAUGUCCAGGAUUCGGGAGGGAUGCUGCGACACUUACAAGUGUGACUGUGUGUGCACUGUCUCUGGAGACCCCCACUAUACGACCUUCCAGAACACCUACUACGACUUCCAGGGUGACUGUACCUACACAUUGGUACAGGAGCUGUUGCCACGGCAACAGCUCAGCAUUGUGGUGGACAACUUCCUUUGCAACAGACCAUCGACUGUGACCUGUGCUAAAGGGAUCGUUAUCAAAUUCCGAAACCACACCAUCUCCCUCGCCCAGAAGACAAUUUUAAGCAAACCACAUGUCAUCCUGAACAAGAAGCUUGUGAGCCCCCCCCAUUGGGAAGACGGACUCCGCUUUGAGACCAGUGGGAACAAGGUCUCUGUCUACAUGGAAAAGAUCCGCUCCCACGUUUCCAUGGCGCCCUCUGCCAGGGUGACCAUCGCCCUGGCGAUGGAGCACUUCCACAACAAUGUGGAGGGACAGUGUGGUGAGUGUGGAGGCAGCUCUUGUGUGCGGCCUGGUGGUGUGAGAGAGGAUAACAACUGCUGUCCACAGACUGCAUUCGACUGGAUCCACCCCGACCCCGUCAAGAAUGGAUUCUGCGACGAAGCACCACGAAAUAAGUCAUGUGUCCCCACUCCAACAUCAUCACCGACUCUUUGCUCACCAAUCUUCAAAGGCUCUCUUGUCUGCGAGAUUAUUGGUGAUAGCGAGAUGAAUCCUGAAUUGCAUGACAGAGCAGAAAUGUGUUUAACUGUCAACAUCAUGCCUGUCUCUCCCCUCAGUGUGUUCGACACGUGCAGAGAGCAGGGAGUGGACCUUGAGUCCCUGAAGAAGAACUGCAGGUUUGAUUUGUGUGUAAUGGAUGUUCCGGAGCUGGCCUGUUCCAUGGUGGCGCAGGCUGCAGAGGAGUGUUUGAAAGUGGGCGUCUGUGUGGCAUGGCACCACCUGACCAACGGCAUCUGCAACGAAUCUUGCCCUGAUGGAAAGGUGUACCAGGAAUGUCGUCAAACACCGGAAGACUACUGUUCUGGAAGUCUCCGUGUACCUGGCCCUGUUCUGGACGGGGAGAUGAUGUCUGCCUGCUUCUGUCCAGAGCAUCAGUUAAAAGCUGGAAAGUAUAGUGACGUGUGUGUGGACAUCUGCACUGGUUUGCGUCUAGUGAACGGAGACGGGCGCUGCUCAGGCAGAGUGGAGGUGCUCCGUGAGGGAGAGUGGGGCACCGUGUGUGAUGAUGACUGGGACAUUAAGGAUGCUGAGGUCGUGUGCAAACAGCUGGGCUGUGGACCUCCUGAGGAGGUGGUCACCAACCCAAGGUACAACACCAGCGAGCCUCGUUUCGGACAGGGGUCUGGGCCAAUCUGGAUGGACGACGUAAGAUGCACUGGGACAGAGCUGACUCUGACGAGCUGCCCCUUCGGUGCGUUGUGGAGUCAUGAGGAUGCUGGAGUUAUCUGCACAGGUAACCACACCUGUGGACUGAAACUCACCUGGGUGAACCUGACGAUCGGCUCCUGCUUCGCCUCCGUGCAGCUGCCCACCUGUGAGGGACAGUGUGACUCAAGGUGGCUGGUCAAGGACGGAGUCCUCCAGCUGGUCAGGUCUCAGUGUCAGGUGGCCACCUGGAAGGAACGUCUGCUCAACCUGACGUGGUAA